AUGCCUUCCAUUCAUCCCUCCUUCUUCUUUCCAUUAUGUUGGCUUCCCUCUCCCCAACACGAUCAUUACUUUUCAACUUCCUAUAAAUGUAACUCCAAUGUGAGAAUAAGGCUUCAUGAAUUGUACGUUCAUCAAUUGAGAGAACAACGUGAGAAGAAGAGGAAAUCCAUGGAACAACAUGCAAAUCCUCAUCAUGAUGCGUCGUGGUUGUAUAAUCCUCAUGCCAUGUGUGUUUCCUCUCAAGAUAUUACCAUGAAACAUCUUCACACCAUGAUGAUGAAGGAUCAUUCGACUCCUAAUGGACGGAAUGUUCAUCAUCCUCCUCCUUCUGCUCACUCGCAUCACCACAAUCACCACCACCACCACCAUCAACAUCCUCAUGCUCACUCGCAUUCGUUUCCUCAUCAUCAUCAACAACAACAAGGUGGUGGAGAUCAUUCACAACGACAACAACACCAACACUCUCACCAACAUCGUCAUCCUCAUCAACAACACUUUCACGAGAAGAAACAACCUUCCUUUGGUGAUGAGGACACGAUGGAAAUGAUUGCCAAGAAUCUUCGAAUGUUAGAAGACGAUGGUGAUUAUGAAAUGCAAGAUUGUCAUGGUGGCAAUCAUGGAAUGACGAAAAUUCACAUGGUGGAACAGACGCAACAACAACAACUUUCUCUUUCGAUUCUUGCUCCAUCUUCCACCUCAACAUUUGAAAAUAGUUCUUCCUCUUUUUCUGAUUCCACCAUGAUGGUCCAAAAUGGAAAUUCACCUCAAAUGAUGGUUGGUCUCGACCCCAAUAGUCAAAGCAAACGAAAAUCUUCUUUGCAUUAUCUGCCGAUUGAAAGAGGUGAAUGGAUCAAGCUCGAUACCAUGUUGUUGAAAGAACGUGAAAUGAAUACGACUAUCAUUUCUGAGAGUCGAGCAAAACAACAACAACAAUCGAAUCAUGCUUCUUCUCCACCUUCCAAUUCUGGUCGAAUGGAAGAAUUGCAAAUUGCCAUCAAAUUGGUCGAGAGUGAAAAUGAAUUGGCUGUCGAUCAGUUUGAUUUGGUCGUUCAAUUAUGUACCAAAAUGAUCUAUUCAGUGGUCACAAGUUCGUUCUUGUGUGGUCCCAUGUGGGAACUCGAAAACGAAAUGAAUCGAUUGCAACAAUCGAGAAAUCAUUUGCUUUGUAAGGACAUGAAAGGUAGCAUCUAUUCACCUCGUUCUCAACACAAUCAUCCCAGCCACAACAAAAUUAGUCAACAACACCAAUUGAAUGGAAUCCUUUUGAGGAAACAUGAAGAGAUCUAUUGGAGAAAAUUCGUAGAGGUCGUCUUCUUGAAACUCAUUGUGGAUCCAAAGGUCAUUGUGGUUGGAUUGGCUUACUUUGAAAAGGUCAUUCGUUUGUUGGAGAAUGAACGAAUGAGUAAUUCACCACUCUUACGGCAGCAUCAAAUGAAUUGCAAUUCUGAAAAGGGUUAUGAAUCAUCUUUCAAUCGUAAUGAGUUGAAAACAAUCAUGUGUAUUUGUAUCAUGUUGGCCAGUAAGAUGUAUGAUGAGGAUAAUUACUGGAAGAGUAAGACCUAUUUCAAGUUAUUCAGUAGUUUGUGUCGAAAGCGAGAGGACAAUCGAAGAAUCACCUUUAAAGAAUUCAAUCAGUUGGAAGUUGAAAUUCUUAAUGUAUUGCAAUUCCAUCUCGUUCUUAAUAUGGAUGAGUUUAGUCGAGAAAUUGUGCAGAAAUUCAUGAAGGUGAAUUUCGAGGAGCAUGAUGCAUUGCUCAUGAUUUAA